AUGCUGCUCCUGGAGACUAAGCCGUGGAUAGCUACUAUGCUUAACUAUGAAAAUGAAAGUGCAUUUUUCAUAGCUUGUAGACAGGGGCAUCUUGAUGUGGUGAAGCUCAUGAUGAAUCAGUCUUGGCUGAUGGACUUUGAAGAAGAUGGGAUUGAUCUAAAUGCUCUACAUGUUGCCCCAGCAAUGGGGCACACAGACACUGUUCAGAACAUAUUGGAGGUGCGGCCAAAUUUUGCUCGAAAGAGCAACAAGAAUGGAUAUUCUCCGUUGCACUCCAUACAUGGCAAAGUUCCAAUCCUUGAAGAAUUCAUGUUAAGUUCUCCCACUUCCUUCCAGUACCUGACAAAAGAGGGAGAAACAAUGUGUCAUCUUGCUGUAAAAUUCAACCAAAAUGAUGCACUUUUAGCCAUGUACAUUGUGAAUACAACAAAAGAGAUUAUAAACUGCUGCAAUAAUAAAGGACAUACGGUACUUGAAAUUCUUGAACUGUCUCCAGGUAAUGCAGAAAGCAAGCAGUUAAAGAAAGCCGUAGAGGCAGCUGCUGAUAAAAGUACAGAGUUGUUGCCUCUCUUAGCAGGGGCACAAGAAACUAAUUCACAACAGCAGACACUUGAAAAUUCCAAAGAUAUACUUGAGACAAAAAGCAGGAGCCUUCUUCAAUAUCUGAUUGAUAUACGCAAAGUUGUGAGCUGCCCUUAG